AUGGCAGGACUAGAGGAAUUGAAAAAGAAACUGGUACCACUAUUCGAUGCAGAAAAGGGCUUCUCUUCAGGAUCAACCAUGGAUCCUUCUGAUUCAUACAUGCUAUCAGAUGGUGGAACUGUCAACCUACUCAGUCGAUCUUAUGGAGUAUACAACAUUAAUGAACUUGGAUUACAAAAGUGCACAUCAAGAGUAACAAACGAUGUAGAUGAAAGAGAAAGGACUUAUAGAUGUGCUUCACAUGAAAUGAGAAUAUUUGGAGCCAUAGGCAGUGGUGCAAGCAGUGUAGUUCAAAGAGCUAUUCAUAUCCCAACUCACAGAAUCAUUGCAUUAAAGAAGAUCAACAUUUUUGAAAAGGAGAAAAGACAACAGCUUCUUACUGAGAUAAGAACAUUAUGUGAAGCACCAUGUUAUCAAGGUCUUGUGGAAUUUUAUGGAGCUUUUUACACUCCUGACUCUGGGCAAAUAAGCAUUGCUCUAGAGUACAUGGAUGGAGGUUCAUUAGCUGAUGUUAUAAAAAGACAAAGAUGUAUACCAGAAGCUGUUCUUUCUCUAAUGGUUCAAAAACUUUUGCAGGGACUAAGCUAUCUGCAUGGAGUUAGAUACUUAGUCCACAGAGACAUAAAGCCUGCAAAUUUGCUUGUGAAUCUCAAGGGAGAACCAAAAAUUACAGACUUUGGGAUAAGUGCUGGCUUAGAGAAUUCCAUGGCAAUGUGUGCUACAUUUGUGGGAACUGUGACCUACAUGUCACCUGAAAGAAUCAGAAAUGAAAGUUAUUCAUAUCCAGCUGAUAUCUGGAGCCUUGGUCUUGCUCUUUUUGAAUGUGGCACUGGUGAAUUUCCUUAUACAGCAAAUGAAGGACCUGUUAAUCUUAUGUUACAGAUCCUGGAAGAUCCAUCUCCAUCACCCCCAAAAGACAUUUUUUCUCCAGAGUUCUGCUCAUUUAUUGAGGCUUGUCUACAGAAAGAUGCUGAUGCAAGACCAACUGCAGAGCAACUUCUUUCACAUCCAUUUAUCACAAAAUACGAGAAUGCCAAAGUCGACUUAGCAGCAUUUGUUCGUAGCAUUUUUGAUCCAACACAAAGAAUGAAAGAUUUAGCAGAUAUGCUAGCAGUACAUUACUAUUUGCUUUUUGAUGGGUCAGAUGAACUCUGGCAAUCUGCAAAGAGCUUCUACAACGAAUCAUCAACUUUCAGUUUCUCGGGGAAAGAAUCUACUGGGCCUGAUGAUAUUUUUAAAACCUUAUCAAAUAUUCGGAGUACAUUAGCUGGUGAAUGGCCUUCUGAAAAGCUCGUGCAUGUUGUUGAAAAGCUACAGUGUAGGGCCCACGGUGAAGAUGGAGUUGCAAUUCGUGUUUCGGGAUCAUUUAUUGUUGGAAACCAGUUUCUUAUAUGUGGAGAUGGCAUACAAGCAGAAGAUGUGCCAGAUUUUAAAGAUUUGAAUAUCGACAUACCUAGUAAAAGAAUGGGAACUUUUCAAGAACAGUUUAUUAUGGAACCUGGAAAUAUCAUUGGUCGAUACUCCGUUGCCAAACAAGAGCUUUACAUCAUCCAAUAAAAAAAAAAAAGGUCUUUUUCUGUUAUAGUAGGAGUUGGAGUGGUUGAAUGACUUGAAUCUAUAUGUAUGUACAAAGUGUUUAUGAUUUAUUUGUUCCAUACUAGGUAGGAGUAACUCUGUUUUUGUGUAAUGUUAAUUGUAGUAAGUUAGUAUCAAUAUGGGAAAUGUACCAAUAUACUUAUGUUUCUUUAUCUAUAACAAAUUAACAACGUACUUAUAUAUAUAUUUUUUUGCUGAU